AUGGUUGGGCCUUCGCCAGCUGGGACAGCUCCGUCCCAUGCGCAGUCGUCGUUACCCUCAUUACCGGCUCAUCUGCAAUCAGACACACAUUUGACUGCUCAUUUAGCCAGCCGGUUCCAUGUCGGCUUACCUACAGCUCGUCUGUCUUCUCAGGCUUUGAUCAGUCUCAACACAUACACUUCAUCUUCAAAGGGGCCUGAUGGAGGCAAGGAGGGCAGUGCUAUGGGCGAGGCGGAAGACCUCGCCCGCCGUGCCUUUACUCGCCUGGGUGCCCGUGGAGAGAAUCAGGCCAUUGUUUUUCUCGGAGAGAGCGGGGCUGGAAAAACUACCAUUCGAGCGCAUGUGUUGUCGUCGUUUCUCUCGUUCUCAUCCACACCCUUGUCGUCCAAACUGUCGUACGCCUCCUUUAUCUUUGAUACAUUGACAACGACCAAGUCUUUGACUACGCCCACGGCAUCGAAGGCGGGACUUUUCUUGGAACUACAAUAUGACGGCUCGUCGUCGGUCAACCCAACGCUGAUCGGUGGUAAAAUCAUCGACCACAGACUCGAACGCAGUCGUAUUGCGUCAGUCCCCACAGGUGAAAGAAGCUUCCAUGUCCUUUACUAUCUCUUAGCUGGGACAAGUGCGGCAGAAAAGAGUCACUUGGGUUUUGAUAACUCUAUCCAUGUUUCGACGAGUGCUGGCAAGCUUUCGUCCGCAUCGAUAGGUCACAAGAGGUGGAGAUAUCUGGGCCAUCCAACUCAGCUCAAGGUAGGCAUCAACGAUGCGGAGGGCUUUCAACACUUCAAGACAGCACUCAGGAAGCUCGAGUUCCCCCGCAGUGAGAUAGCCGAGAUUUGCCAAAUUCUUGCUGCUAUCCUUCAUAUCGGCCAACUAGACUUUUCCAGCGGACAAGCUACUUUGACAUCAGCAGAGGAGUCUGGCGGCUAUUCACAUGAGGGUGGGGAGACUGUCACGGUAGUGAAGAAUAAGGAUGUCCUGUCAAGCGUCGCCGCGUUCUUGGGACUUGGGGUUGAUGAGCUUGAGAAUAGUUUUAGUUACCGGACUAAGACCAUCCACCGGGAGCGCGUCACGGUGAUGCUGGACCCAAAGGGUGCCCGACAAAACGCUGAUGAACUUGCGCGCACUAUUUACUCCUUACUAGUGGCUUAUAUUCUCGAGACUGUCAAUCAGAGAAUAUGCGCUGCGGAGGAUAGUGUUGCCAACACCGUGUCUAUUGUUGAUUUCCCUGGUUUCUCCCAGGCAUGCUCAACUGGAUCCACACUGGAUCAACUUCUUAGCAAUGCAGCCACCGAAUCGUUGUACAAUUUCUGCCUGCAGUCCUUCUUCGACCGCAAGGCUGAUAUGUUAGAGCGCGAAGAAGUUGUAGUUCCCGCGACGAGCUACUUUGACAACACCGAUGCUGUCCGUGGGCUGUUGAAACAUGGCAACGGGCUUCUCAGUAUCCUCGAUGAUCAAACUAGGCGCGGUAGAACGGAAGCUCAAUUUGCCGAAUCGUUGAAGAAACGGUUCGAAAACAAAAACCCGGCUAUUGCUGUCGGAACCUCAGGGACUACCCACGGAACUGGAUAUGUCUCGCAGCAAGCCCGCUCGGCAUUUACUGUGAAGCAUUUCGCUGGCGAAGUUGAUUACUCCAUCUCCGGCCUACUUGAGGAAAAUGGGGAAGUUAUCUCCGGUGAUCUGAUGAACUUGAUGAAGUCCACCAGAAGCGACUUCGUGAGAGAGCUCUUCGGACAAGAAGCACUACAGACAGUGACACACCCAAAGGAGAAGACCGCUAUUAUGCAAGCUCAGGUAAGCUCAAAGCCCUUGAGAAUGCCUAGCAUGGCAAGGCGGAAGACCAGCCCAGCAUCUCGCCUUACUUUCGAUGCACCCACGGCGGACGAACCCGAAGACUAUGAGAGCUAUGGGGGCAGUACAGCCAAGAGCUCUGGAAGGCGAAAGAGUGCGAUGUCCAUGACUGGCAUUCAGGGUGCUGCCGGGCAAUUCCUUUCCUCGCUGGAAAUCGUCAAUAAAUGCCUCAGCUCCCCUACUUUGAAUCCCUACUUCGUCUUUUGUUUGAAGCCAAACGACCGGCGAAUUGCGAAUCAAUUUGACAGCAAGUGUGUGCGAGCUCAGGUGCAAACAUUUGGCAUCGCCGAGAUCAGCCAACGUCUAAGGAACGCGGACUUCAGCGUUUUCCUUCCAUUUGAGGAAUUCCUUGGUUUAGCUGAGAUAGGCAACGUCGUGGUGGGGAGCGAUAAAGAAAAGUCAGAGGUUGUGCUAGAUGAGAAGCGAUGGCCGGGUAAUGAAGCCCGUGUUGGCAGCACAGGUGUUUUCCUGAGUGAACGCUGCUGGGCAGACCUCGCAAAGGUAGGCGAGCGUGUCAUUCCUGUCUACCACGCCGACGGCUCGGAAGAUAGUGAUGGCCUCCUUCACCCACGUGCCGCUGCGUAUGGGGAUUCCAAAGUUCGCCUUCUCAACCCGACAGAUCAGUCUCCCGGCAACUUCAUAUACGGCGAUGAAAACAAGCAAGGGUACUUCGGAAGUCGUGAUCUUGAUGGGCGAUCUGAUACCGGUGGCUCUGGUCUGAACUCGGGCGAUAUGUUCCACAACCUCGAGACAAGAGAGCAGAUUCGCAAACGCUGGAUGGCAAUCGUCUGGUUGCUCACAUUCUACAUUCCAGACUUCGCCAUCAGGCUAGUUGGUCGGAUGAAACGAAAGGACGUACGAACUGCUUGGCGUGAGAAAUUCGCGAUCAACUUGAUUAUUUGGUUCAGUUGUGCCGUCGCCAUUUUCAUGAUCGUCGCCUUCCCCGGUUUGGUAUGUCCGACACAGCAUGUGUAUUCAGCCGCGGAAUUGUCUUCUCAUAACGGCAAAGACGGCCAUAACUCUUACAUUGCCGUUCGCGGUGUGGUUUUUGACCUUGAUAAAUUCAUGCCCCGACAUUAUCCCGAUAUUGUGCCGCAAUCAUCUUUGAAGAGAUAUGCCGGCAUUGAUGCUACCGGUCUCUUCCCCGUACAGGUGUCAGCAUUAUGCCAAGGUAAGGAUGGGUCGAUCGAUCCCACUGUUCUUCUGGAUUACACUCCUACGAACAUCUCCGGAUCGGCGACGACCAUAAGCUCAGGAGACAUCAACGCAAAAUACCAUGAUUUCCGAUACUACACCAACGACUCCCGUCCAGACUGGUUUGCAGAGCAGAUGAAACAACUGAGGGCAACCUAUCUGAAAGGAUACAUGGGUUAUACUCCACAAUACAUCUCCACGUUGGGCAAAAAAUCCCAGAACAUUGGAAGCAUAGACGGAAAGGUCUACGAUUUGACAACUUAUAUAAGUGGAGGUCGACGGGUCGCAGCUCCUCCUGGAAAAGAGGUCCCGGCUAAUGUCGACCGGGAGUUUAUGGAUCCUUUGGUGGUGUCGCUCUUCCAAGAUCUUCCCGGGCAGGACCUGAGUAAACACUGGGAACAGCUGCAGAUAGAUGCAAGCAUGCGUGAUCGGAUGCAGAUGUGUCUCGAUAACCUUUUCUUCGUCGGCAAGGUCGAUACGCGGAAUUCAGCCCAAUGCCAAUUUGCGCGUUACUUCAUCCUUGCAAUCUCAAUCUUGAUUUGCUCGGUUGUCAUCUUCAAGUUUGCUGCCGCUUUACAAUUCGGCAAGAAAAACGUCCCUGAAAAUCUUGAUAAAUUCAUUAUUUGUCAAGUACCGGCUUACACUGAAGAUGAGGAGUCCCUUCGUCGUGCAAUGGAUUCUAUGGCCCGCAUGCAGUAUGACGACAAGCGUAAACUCCUUGUUGUCAUCUGUGAUGGCAUGAUUAUUGGACAAGGAAACGAUCGACCUACUCCACGGAUAGUAUUGGAUAUUCUGGGCGUUCCAGAAUCAGUGGAUCCAGAGCCCCUCAGCUUUGAGAGUUUGGGCGAAGGCAUGAAGCAGCACAACAUGGGUAAAAUCUAUUCUGGUCUAUAUGAGGUGCAGGGACAUAUCGUUCCUUUCCUUGUUGUCGUUAAAGUCGGAAAACCUUCUGAAGUCUCACGACCUGGUAACCGUGGAAAACGUGACUCUCAGAUGGUACUCAUGCGCUUCUUGAACCGCGUCCAUUACAAUCUUCCCAUGAGUCCUAUGGAACUGGAAAUGUACCACCAAAUUCGCAACAUUAUUGGCGUCAAUCCCACGUUCUAUGAGUUCAUUCUGCAAGUCGACGCUGAUACGGUGGUUGCGCCCGAUUCGGGAACUCGAUUCGUUGCUUCUUGCUUAGCCGACACGCGCAUUAUAGGUAUCUGUGGCGAAACAGGCUUAACAAAUGCUAAGCAUUCAGCGGUGACAAUGAUCCAAGUUUACGAGUACUUCAUCUCCCACAAUCUGAUCAAGGCUUUCGAAAGUCUUUUCGGGUCAGUCACAUGCUUGCCGGGCUGCUUCACCAUGUACCGUAUUCGCUCUGCAGAAACCGCAAAACCGCUUUUCGUUAGCAAGGAGGUCGUGGAAGCCUACUCGGAAAUUCGUGUUGACACACUCCAUAUGAAGAACCUGCUACACCUGGGUGAGGAUCGGUAUUUGACAACCCUUCUCCUCAAGCAUCAUCCUACUUUCAAGACGAAAUUCCUUUUUGCAGCUAAGGCCUGGACAAUCGCACCUGAAAGCUUCGCAGUCUUCUUGUCGCAACGUCGUAGAUGGAUCAACUCAACCGUCCACAAUUUGAUUGAACUGAUCCCUCUUCAGCAACUCUGUGGUUUCUGUUGCUUUAGUAUGAGAUUCAUUGUCUUCGUUGACCUUCUCAGUACCUGCAUCCAACCUGUCUCGCUCGCCUAUAUCAUCUACCUGAUUGUCUGGCUUGCCAGAGAUUCAUCCACCAUUCCAUGGACGUCUUUUGUUCUCAUCGCAGCGAUCUAUGGUCUUCAGGCCCUCAUCUUCAUCUUCCGUCGCAAGUGGGAAAUGAUUGGCUGGAUGAUUGUGUACCUCCUGGCCAUGCCUAUUUUCUCCGUGGCCCUGCCCCUCUACUCGUUCUGGCAUAUGGAUGACUUUUCUUGGGGAAACACUCGUGUUAUCACUGGAGAACAGGGCCGCAAAGUCGUCAUUUCAGAUGAAGGAAAAUUUGACCCGGCGUCUAUACCGAAGAAGAGAUGGGAGGAGUAUCAAGCGGAGCUCUGGGAGGCCCAGACGUCACGAGACGAUCGUUCAGAAGUUUCUGGCUUCUCCUAUGGUACUAAGUCGUAUCACCCUGCGCAGUCCGAAUACGGGUUCCCUGGAGCUAGACCAGUGUCUCAGUUCGAUCUCCCUCGCUAUGGGUCCAGGAUGUCUCUGGCUCCUUCCGAGAUGAUGAGUCGCCAUAUGGAUAUGGAGAUGGAGGAUCUAUCACAUCUACCUAGCGACGAUGCCAUUCUCGCGGAAAUCCGUGAGAUCCUGCGGUCAGCCGAUCUAAUGACCGUGACGAAGAAGAGUAUCAAACAAGAGCUGGAGAGACGUUUUGGUGUGAAUCUCGAUGCCAAGCGUCCAUAUAUCAACUCAGCCACGGAGGCUAUUCUGUCGGGUGCGCUCUAAUCUGAGAGUCAAGCUCGAUGUGUGUAUCGCAUGGAAGACCGUUACCUUUUUCGCGGUGUAAAAAAAACCUUUACCUGAUUUAAUAUUCGCAUAUCUAGUGUCCCAACUUAUAAAUUCGCAGCUGUCGUUGUUUGUCUACAGCUUCGUAUUUUUGGCCUUCUCGCCGAUCUAUGAUGUCCAUGACUAUCUCAUCAUUACUGCACCAGCUUUUGUUUGAUGUCUUUCUUUCAUGACAAUCACUCGACGCCUUUCGGGAUGCAUUGCCAGCGCUUUGUUUAGACUUGGUGGAAUCAGUCUGGAGUUGUACAGUACUUGCUUUGUUCCUAGUUUUCAUUUUGUCGUAUUUGUUGAGUGAUUGGAAUGUAUCGUUGAGCGUUGAGACUGCACAUCUUGAAUGUUCAUUUACAAUAGAUAAUUAUUUACAGCGAGUCACAAUCGAGGCAAAAUCAAUGUAUAAUGCAAU